ACACACUGGUGAAGCCACCCUCCCUCCAGUCCAACGGACAGCACCUUUGAAUGUCGGCAGUAGCCCCUGGACAAGAUGGCUUGUGCUGAUGUGGUUCCCGUGUCCCCAGAGCUCAGCUCAGGACUCAGCAGAGGUGGAAUUGGAAUGUGAGUGUAAAUACCAGAUUGCAAAUAUUCAGUACAAGAAAAAUGAUGUCAGCCAUUUUUAUAUUGACUACAUGUUGAAAUAACAAUAUACUAGAAUGAUUGACUCAAACGAGGUAGAGCGUGGAUUUACCUGCAUUUUGCUGUUCUAACGUGGCUAUGACAACAUUUUGAAGUGCCCACGUGGCUCGCCUUUGCAGCUGGAAUUCUACUUUCCUCAAACAGUGCCCCCAUGAGGGAGCUUUCAGAGCCGGAUGUGCCCUCCCACUAACUCAUUCCAAACUUUUUAAAACAAACAAAUUCUGCCUUGCAGGGCUUUUGAUUUCUGAGUUGCUAUUGCCAUUGCUCAAUCAAGGACCUAGCGUGUGGGCUGGAGGCUCAGGUGCAAGAAGAACCAGAAGGGCUCCUCUCCCCAGGGGACAGCCAGGGGGCUCCACAUAAGGUUUGCCCCCCACCCCCACCAUCUGUCUCCUGCUGCCUCCUGCCCAGAGCCCUGUGCCCAGGCCACCCAAGCUGCAGAUCAGUCCCGCCCGGCCACUUGUCCACGGGUCUGCUGGGGAAGGCGGUGGAGCUGGAGGCGGAGGAAGGCGUGCAGAGGUACCUGGGUGAGAGUGCCACAGGUGUGACCGGCUACACGCAGAAGGCCAGUCAUGGCGAGGCCAGGGCUGCUGCUCCUGCUCCUGGCUCUGCGGCCACUACAGCCCUCCCCACUGCCCAGGCCGGACACCACAGAGGGCAAGGUCACCAUCGUGGGCCUGAUCCUGUCUGCACUGGAGAGAGCCACCUUGUUCCUGGAGGAGAGGCUACCUGGAGUCAACCUAGACGGUGUGGUGGGGUUCCGGGUGCUAGAAGCGCAGCUUCGGGGUGUGCAGGAAGAGUGGGCAGCCGACCCCCGGCUGCGGCCCCUGAGCCUGCGCACCAGGCGGCUGGCGGACAAGCUGGCGGCUCUCCUGCGCAGAUCCGUCUUCUACCUGGAGCUGAGUGACCCCAGAUACCUUAGAGAGUUCCUGCCGAGUCUCCAGCCCGGAUUUUGGAAGCUGCCCUGCACCUGGACGCACACCAACACCUCGCUGGUCUACCCCGUGCUGGAGCCCGAGGACUCGUUCUCAGAGGAAAGCAGCGACGCAUGCCUGGUGCAGCUGCUGGGAACCGGGAACAGCAGCCAGCCCUGCAGGAUCCCAGACUUCUGCAGGACACUCAUGACCCAGCCCAACUGCUCAGGCUACAGGCUGUCCCACCAGCUGCUCUUCUUCCUCUGGGCCAGAAUGCAAGGAUGCACAGAAGGACUGUUCCACCAGAGUCAGCACUACAUCAGUGUCUUCUGUGCCAACAUGAUGGAGCUGACCCGGAGAGCUGAGGCCAUCGGAUACGCCUACCCAACCAGGGACCUCUUCAUGGAAAACAUCAUGCUCUGUGGAAUCAGCGGCUUCUCUGACUUCUACAAGCUCCGGUGGCUGGAGGCCAUUCUCAGCUGGCAGAGGCCUUGGGAGGGAUGCUUCGGGAAGCCUGGUGAGCUGCGUCUCAGGUGGGAAAGGACGUGUUGGUGUUGGGGCACCGGAGAGGUCGUGGCAUGCCUGUGCAGGCGUGGGCUCACACACAGGCAGAAAUGGGCUUGGAGCUUUGGAAGCGAAAAUUUUGCAGGUUGUGAGGCGUACCCCACUUGGUCGGGUCUGCUCAGGAGACUAGAACUGCAUCAGCCACCUCAACAGAGGGGGUUCUGUGUGCUGGGGUUGAGCAAGGAAAGGCACAGAGGGCCUGAGGGUUUUGUGGCAUCAGCAAAGUCAACCAGGUAACCAGUGCUUACUGAGCACCUGCUCGUGUGCCCCACCCUGGGCUCCGGGGGACGUUGAGGCCUGAGGGAAAGAGGCAGAAACCUCCUAAGCAUCCAGUAAGUGAAGCAGUGACCAGUUCUCGAGAGGGUGAGGAAAGAGAGGAACCCGGGAAGGUUCUGUGGGCAGCGGGGGCAGGGGAAGCUCCUGGGAGGAGGCGGCGCACCUCAGAGCUGAGCGGCCCAGGGCUCAGGCUGUAGGUGGCCCCUGCCAGCCCCUCGGCCUUUGGAGUAGGUCAUUUUGCUCUAGGCCCAAACUUCUUCCUCUGUAAAUAAAUGCGAUAAUCAGCCACCUUCCCAAGUGUGAAAGGACAGACAGGACCCACACUGAGGCUCCCAGGAAAUGCUGGUGUCCUCCUGAGAAGCUUGGGAUCCUCAAAGAAGCAAACACUUUUGAAUUAAGGGGAUGUGGUUUUUAGGACGGAGUUGAUGGACUGAGAAGUCCCCACGCCCCAGACCUCCACAGGGAGCAGGUUGGGGCAGGAACUUGUGUUUUUCAUAAGCACGUCCAUGGUUCCCUGGGAACGGGUUGGGAAUUACAGUUCGAGAAAUCAUCAGUCGAGGCCACAUGAAAGGAUCUGCAGACAGGUGCAGGAAGAAGCUUCUAGCAUAGCCUCAGAAUUCCAGAGAAGAUCUGAACAGCUUGCGUUGUUAAGAGGGGAUGAAGUUUAUUAAGUAAUGUUUAAAACUGUGUCUCUU